ACUCUCGGCCCUGCCAGGUCCCUGUGCGAUCCCUGGGGAACCUGGAGCCUGGGGCAUGGAAUGCACUGGGGUGUUAUUUGCAGUACAAGCCCUGACAUCCCAGCAGGGGGACGCAGGUACUGGGCAGCCUCUCCCAGUUGUGGCUCCCUCCGUGGGCCCCACCCUAUGUGCAGAUGAAGUCACAGUACACCCACCUCCAGAAAUAGCUCCAGCUGAGACUGAAAAUCAGAGGGCUGGAGGCGGUUAUACUCACUCUCCCCACAGGGCCUACAGUCGCUCAUAAGCCACACCUGCCCCUUGCCUCCACCCUCAGCUCCUAAGUACAGCUCAGUGCACGUGCCCCUUCAUGCCGCUCGGACAGUCUCUUUGUAAUGCACACACCCUGGUCCCUGGAAAGUUGAACGUCUUGUAUAGAAUGGUGGGACACGGGUAACUGAAUGGUGGGCCCAGGCCACAGAGCCCCUGUAUUCUGCUAUGGGCAACCCAGGACCCACUCUCACCCUCCCUCACGGGGAGCUGCAGGGUUCCUGGCAUGUCCGGGACUCUGCUCAAAAUGGUCCACGACUUCAUGAAUUAAUUUGAUACCAAACAUUUAAGGCCUACUUGAUGGGUGCCCGUGGUGGAAGCCCACACGUGAAUAAAGCCAGCCCUGUUUUCAAGAGCACGUAGAUUGGGAGGCAUGAGCAGGGAAGGCAUUCCAAUGGUGGGACAUUUUGGACGCAGCCCAAUAGGCCAGGGAGAAAUAAGAGGUGAUCUACACUAAAGGGUCAAAGUGUGAACACUGACCAGGGGUCCCAAAAAACCACAGUGCAAAUGUGCUUCGGGAUGAAUAUCGGUCUGUAGGUAAAAUUAUAUUCAGAGGAGCUCGGGCUGGAGCACAUUAUAAGCAAAAGAGAAAAUGCCUGGGCGCUGUCCUCAGAAUGCAGGCCUCCGCUCAAACUCAGACCCGGGCUGGCCAGGGGCGUCCCCAACCUCCCUGCCCCCUGUGGACCGCCAGCUGGGCAGGGCUCGGGCGCCGCCUGCUGGCAGGCAGCGGGAACCCGGGCGCCGGUCCGCCGGUUCCAGCGAUGCCAGACCUUCCGCCUCAGACCGGGUCCCUAGGGACUGCUGCCGCGGGAACCUAACCCCAGCGGCUGGAGAUGUUGCGGGAUCGGUCCUGGGGCUGGAUCUGGCCCACGCCCUCAGACCACAGAGCAGAGCCAGUGUUGUCCAAGGGACCCGCCGACCCCUCGGGCGCUGACCCUGCGGUCCUGCGCUCCCUCGCGGGACAGCCCGCUCAGGGUGUGGGUGGCGGGACAGAGGGAGGAGCCUGUUGGGAUCCGGACCAAGGCAGUGAAGGGAGGAAGGACGGGGCGGAGCCUAAGGCAAGGCCACUCCUGCACGGUCCCUCGCCUGCCGUCGGCCCAGCUCCCGCUCCUCCAGGGACAUGAUGGGCACGCCUGGCUCUGCAGCCGCCCGGGAAGGCGAGGCCCCAGACCGCUCCCCGCCCUGCAGUCCGAGCUACGAUCUCACGGGCAAGGUGAUGCUUCUGGGAGACUCAGGUGUCGGCAAAACCUGUUUCCUGAUCCAAUUCAAAGACGGGGCCUUCCUGUCCGGGACCUUCAUAGCCACCGUCGGCAUAGACUUCAGGGUGAGGUGGCAGCAGGCUCCUCCUCCAAGCAGCAAGCCAGGGGGACUUCAGCUCCAGCAAAGGGGUGCUGCCCCCUCCUGGCUCCCCUGGCUCCUCCGGACUGCUGUGGCUCACUGCCCAGAGGGCACCAGGGGUGCUCCCAACAAAGUGGUGACCGUGGAUGGGGUGAGGGUGAAGCUACAGAUCUGGGACACGGCCGGGCAGGAGCGGUUCCGCAGUGUCACCCACGCUUAUUACCGAGAUGCCCAGGCCUUGCUCCUGCUGUACGACAUCACCAACAAGUCUUCCUUCGACAACAUCCGGGCCUGGCUCACUGAGAUUCAUGAGUAUGCCCAGAGGGAUGUGGUGAUCAUGCUGCUAGGCAACAAGACCCAGAGGCUACCAGCAGAGGGCGGGCAGUACCUGCUCCUGGGGCAAAAGAGGGCCCGCAGGGGCAGAGAGGGGCCAGCUGGGGUCAAGAUUUCCUUCUCCAGAGUGACCCACCUGGGCUUGACAGGCAGAUGUGAGCAGCGAAAGGGUGAUCCGUUUGGAGGAUGGGGAGACACUGGCCAGGGAGUAUGGGGUUCCCUUCAUGGAGACCAGCGCUAAGACGGGCAUGAACGUGGAGUUAGCCUUUCUGGCCAUUGCCAAGGAACUGAAGUACAGAGCCAGGCGGCAGGCCGAUGAGCCCAGCUUCCAGAUCCGAGACUAUGUGGAGUCCCGGAAGCAGCAGGCCAGCUGCUGCUCCUUCUUGUGAAUCCCAAGGGGUUGAGAGGAGGCUCUAGAGGCCCACAAGGAUGCAGCCUUCUCCCCAAGACCUGGUUUAUUCUGAGCAGCUGAGCCAAUGGGGAGGCAGUCAGGGGCCCAGUAUGCAGCCCCUUCCCAAGGGGAAGCUGUAUUGCCUCCCUUCCCUUUGUUCCUGUAGCUUCCCUGCAACUGGGAAAGCGUAAUAUAUUUAUAUUUCAUUUUAAUGAUACAUAAUGUAAUACAAAAGAAGGGCACCAGGAACCCUAAGAAGGGAACUGGUGGCCCCUUUGCCGUCUAAUACUCGAACUUUGGGGGCUGGACCUACCUCCCAGCCAUAAUGAGGGUGCUAUUGCUCCAGCUCAGCACUAGGGGGCACUGAUGCACCCCUGGGGUUUGAGGGCAGGACCCUCCCCAUUCCCACCCUUUGGCUGGAGAGGCUGAGCAGACACCAGCCCUCAUGUCCUCCAGCUCCCUAGGGAACAAUCUUCCCCAGUAAGACAGGCUCUUGUGCUGGGGGGCUAGACCAAAGCCUCAGGGAAGAUAAGAGAUAUGGAGAUUGGGCAGCCUCUCUCCCUAGGAAGGGGACAGAGGACUAGCAGACUUGGUCUGUCUGUUUGGCCUUACUAGCCCCACUCUGGGUGGUAUACCCCUUUUCCUCCAACCCAUAAGCACAUUGGGGUGCCUAGAAACAUUUGGUUCCUAUUCUCUGGACCUCAGAUCCCAGGGGAGCCCUUUGUCUCUGAAUCCCUGGUCUUAUCUACUUUUCUGCCUCUGCCUCUAGACACCUAAGGUCACAGCUAGGCAAAGGUUUCUGUUCAGUCCCAACCCUUUGGUAGGUAUGCAGCCCCACAGGCUACUUCUGCAAGCAGCUGUUGUGCAUCUUCUGUGUUAAGAGCCAGAUAAGGAGAAAUCCCUGGCUCCUGGGGAGGUGGGAGUCAGAAGUGAACAAACCUCACCACACGCAAUCCCCUAAAUCCAAGCACUGCCUUCUCCCUGACCACCCAUGUCCUUUUCUUCUUGGACACACCAAACUGCUUUAUCUUCCAACUCCUAGUGAGCCAGGUUAGGGAGUGAGAGGUCAUCCACUUCUGGGUAAACCAACAGGAGGUGUGCAAAACAAGGUCAUGUAGGUGAGACUGGGGUGGGGAGAGGAGCAGCAAGGAGUUUACGUGGGGUCAAGGUCACAUGUCCCAAAGCCCUGACCCUAGCAAUUGCAAGUGGACAGGAAGGAGACAUGCAGGCCACGGCCUAGAGAUAUCUUUCCUCCAGCUCUCCAGGCAGGGGCAGGGGAGAGGGGUGAGAAAAAAGUAUGCACUGCACAUUUCUGAAGUUACUGCAUUUGCUUUCAAGGCAGAAAUCUGCUCUCUGAGCAGUCAGCAGCUCCAACUCGGGCCGGAUAGGGAAGCUCUCUGAGGCCUCUCCCGGGCACAGUAGGGAGGAGACUGACUUUGCCAGGCUUUUCUGGGACCCAAGGCAGGUCACAGGCGAUCCAAUCAUGUAGGCUGCUCUGGGCUUCUAGCAUAUGUGUUUUUGAGAAUUAAAUAGCAGUAUUUUGUGAAGUA